UGCUUUAUCUGCUUUUCCUUUUUUUUUUUUUUUUUUUUUUCUGUCGCAGUGUCUUUGAAACGGUUGUUUUUCUUCACCGGUAAAUGAGUAAAAGUAUCCGUUCCCGCGUCUUCAUGAGUUGCUUUUGUUUGGAGGAAGUUUGCUGUAACUUUUCCUUUGCUCUGAUUCCCACCGAUGGACCGACGGGAUUUUAUCUUUAUCAUUUUUUGGGAAGAAGCACAAGUAGACCACAUGGAUUAUAAUGACCGUUAUUAGCCAAAAUGAUUGUUUACAUAAUGAAGCAGGAAGAUGUGACGUUUGGCUGAUACCUGAAGACACCUAAAGGCUAUAAAUCUAUUCGUUAUUAAUGUCUGGACAAAACAACACCUGAUCAAGUGGAUCUUCCCCUCCCUGUUUGUUAAAAAGCCCUUCAUGUGUUCACUAAUGGUCAACUGGGGGUGAGCUGACUUUCUCCCUCCCAACAUGCUGGCUCUGAGAGUGGAGCAGGCCAGGCGGGAGCUGGCUGAAGCUGAUCACCUGCCAAAAGAGGCCACCCCUGUUCGGCAGGGCUGGCAGUCAGGGAGGCCGGUCUUGCACAAUUGUAUAAACAUUAAGGAGAAGAUCUCCCAGUGGGAGAUUCGGAGUCAGCAGAGCGGCAGCCAGGACCCUGGAGUCAGAGCACAUCCACCCAUCAUAUCCAGAACCCUGUCAGGUGACCUGCUGGGCUAUGGCUGUUCUAACAAAAGCUUGGGAGUCGGGAUUCAGGCUAAAGACAGCCGCUCAAGAGCAAAGAGUACUGAACUGGAUUUUAGGGAAUCUCCGUCGCAGGUUGGGCACAGUGUUGCCGGUCGAAAGUCUGAACCAUUGAGGAACUUUUCCGCUCCGUUUUCAGCCACAUCCCCUGGAAAAAACAUAACACAACAUUUAGCAUCUUCUAAAUUAGAAGUGGACACCAUUUCUUCAGCCGAUCCGGUCUUCUCAACCAUCACAGAUCCCAAAGAUGAUCGUAUUCCAGACGUCUUAAUAGUCUCCAAGCCUCUACCUCCAUCAGCCGGCGAUCAGGAAGACAACAUGCCUGCUGGAAACUUCUACACUUCUCGGGGGUUCUGGCGGAAGCUGGAAGGGGACAGACUGCUCUGGGAGAGCGGCAGGAGCAGUGUAGGUGAAACCCCGCCCCCUCCCAAACCUCAGCGGACAUUCCAGUAUCGUGGAACCACCAUCAACAACAACAAGAUGAACCAUGCGGUGCAGUGGGACGGCAGAUCCUCUCAUAACGACAACCGCUCUACAGUGAGGAGCAGGAGGGUCGUAAAGCCGCCGAACUUCCCACCCCCGCCAUGUCCUGUUAUACAGAUCGAAGGGCUAUCAAGGCAUAAAAAGAGCAGGAAGUCCUUUGAGUACGAAGACGCGUCCCGUCUAACAGCCCAGCAGGGUACUGUGGGAAAUGGAGACAUCCACCCUGACCUUUACCAUGCCUACUCUGAUGACAACAUUUAUGAAGACAUUGUGUAUGAGGGAACCAGGGAUUACCCCUGUGACGACGUCAAGCUGUCCACCAUGUGUCUUCCUGCAAGGCCCCCUCUUCCAAAGUUUCCUCCCAAACGUCAAACCGUGCAAGGAUACGCAGGAAAGGUGGAGAAGAAAGUAUCUCGGGCUUUUUCUGCAUCCAAAGCCUCAACCUUUGCACAAGCUCCCAAACAAGCAACACCUCGAAAUGCCAGCUCUCAGAAGGUCCACAGGACUCCUCAGUAUAUCGCCAAGAUCGAGACCAUUUUUGAUGACAAACGAGGGAGGAAGAGAGUGAAGAACCAGGGACCUUUAGCACGAGGUAAGACACCAAAACACACACAAAAUCAGAUCAUCAACAACUUUAAAAACAAGAUUGUCGAUGAGACCAGUGGGACUGAGAGCGACCCCGAGGACAACACUGAAGGUUCCAGAAGAUCCGUUUACAUCCAGUCCACGCUGAGACGGCGGCCGGGAUACCGCACCCUGGAGAGAGACCUGAUUCAGCUGCAGCAGCAGAAGCAGCAGCUUUUCCAGAUCUUCGUGGUGGUGUCGCUCAGAAAAAGCUCCACAGGAAACACUUACUCCCCAGAAAUUACUCAGCAGUUCCCAAAAUUGUUCGAGAAGUCGUCCCGUCCGUCCAGGGAAGUUGAAGAUCAGCUGAAUGUGAUUCCUAAAUUCUGCUUCCCAGAUCCGCAGGACUGGAAGCCCUCCGCCCACACGCCAAGUGAGACCUUUUCCUUUGUGCUGACCGGAGAAGAUGGGAGCCGCUGGUUUUGUUACUGCCGUAGGAUCCUGCCGAGUGGAAAGGGGAAGAGGCUUCCUGAGGUGCAUUGCAUUGUCAGCAAGUUGGGCUGUUUCAACCUGUUUGCAAAGAUCCUGGAGGAAGUAGAGCGGCGCAGAGAAAUAUCCUCAGCGCUGGUUCAUCCUUUCAUGCGGAGCGUGAUGGAGGCCCCGUUUCCAGCCCCCGGACGCACCGUCACCAUCAAGAGCUUCCUUCCCGGCUCUGGGAAUGAGGUCCUCACUUUGUGUCGGCCAGUGGAUUCCAGACUGGAGCAUGUGGACUUUGACAGCCUGCUGCAGUGUCUCAGUGUCGGGAGGCUCCUGCAGGUGUUUGCUUCCCUUCUGCUGGAGAGGAGAGUCAUCUUUGUUGCUGACAAACUCAGUGUGUUAUCCAGAUGUGGCCACGCUGCGCUAGCGCUGCUCUACCCGUUCACUUGGCAGCACACAUUCGUCCCUGUGUUACCAGCGAGCAUGCUGGACAUCAGCUGCUCUCCGACCCCGUUCCUCAUCGGCGUGCUGGCACCGUGUCUGCCAGAACUGCGGGAGCUGCCUAUUGAGGAGGUGCUUAUCGUGGAUCUGUGUGCGGAUAAAUUUGUCAUACAGCUUGGUGAUGAAGAUUGCAUCCUGCCCAGUAAACUACAGGCAGCUCUGCAGCAGAUCCUGGAGGACAGAGAGGAUAUUCUGAGACAAAGCAAUGGAGACACAUGUGGAGACCAGCAGGCCGACCUGAGCUCCCUGGUGUCUGAGGGUUUUGUUCGGUUUUUCGUGGAGCUGGUCGGCCACUAUCCUCUCCAUCUGGUGGAGGCCCCCAGCGGAAACAAGGAACUUCAGCGAGAGAGCUUUCGCAAAUCUCACCCCUCACGCGGCGUGCGGCAGUUUCUGCAGCUCUUCAUGGACACGCAGAUGUUUGCCGGCUUCAUUCAAGACAAAGAGCUGCGCAAGGGAGGAGGAAAAGGACUGUUUGAAUCCAGAGUGGCUCAGUAUCUGGAUUCCUCCUCGGAGCCUGAGCCCAGCGGUGUGAACAAAUUUCUCAAAGGACUGGGAAACAAGAUGAAGCUCCUUCAGAUUAAAUAAAUAAAGCUCAGUUCCUUCACUCAUAAAGGAGAGAAAACAUAUUUUAAAAACAGAACAGAUUGGAGCGGUUUAAGGAAACAUGGUAAAAUGUCGGUGUUUGGAUGGAACGACUGAUGUCAAGUUUCAGCUCCGCUUGUGUGUCAGUCCUGCACUUCGCUUCGGAUAAAAACUGGAAACACUUUAACUGUUUUUUUUUUUUUUAUAAACUAAAUCAGGUUUUGUUUCUUUAUUAAUGUCCAACAACAUUCCAGCUGUUGAGUCUCAACUUUAACCUGUGUUUGAAAUUAUGAUCUCCAUUUAAAUGGAAGCUGUUUACUCUGUUUUACCUUCUGUUCGGUCAGGUAACUUAUCUUUUUUAUACUUUCAAAUUGUGAAUAUUAUUCCUGUGGUUCCAACCUGGAGGAUUUUAUACUCUCUUGUAAAUGUCAUUGUUUCCUUUUUUUUCUACUAAAACGUUCAUCUCUGGUUCAGUCCAUGUAUUAACUCUGAGCAGAACAUUUUCUAUGAAUUUUUGUACCUGCUGUCCUUGAAUUUCUACAGAAUGACUGGACUUUUUUUUUUUUUUUUUUUUUUAACGUUUUGCACAUUCUUAAAACUGU